AGACGCAGCAAAGAUUUUAGUAAUUGAGAUAAGUUAGGGCAGUGCUAGAGUAAAGUAGGAGCAAAAUGCAAGCCCCAGUUUGGGGUCCUCGGUUAGCCAAUCUGUUGAGUCGUUCAUGCAAAACAACAAACACUUUGCGGGCAUUCUCAUCAUCAUCAGCAGCACCUUUAUCUAACCAGUCUCGCGGUGGCCUUCCUCGUUUCUACUCCGAAAAGCUCCCUCCUUCCAAGGAUGGCAUUGUUCGUGUUAAAGGUGAUGAAUUCUGGCACAUGACUAGGGUCUUAAGGUUGACAAUCCAUGAUAGGGUAGAACUAUUUGAUGGAAAAGGAGGAUUAGUUGAAGGCUGUAUACAGAACAUUGAUCAGACAGGAUUGGAUAUUGUGGCUCUCGAGAAUCCAAAGUCAGUAUCUCCUCAUAACACACAGUGGCAUGUCUAUGCUGCAUUUGGUACUCUCAAGGGAGGCCGCGCCGAUUGGCUUGUGGAGAAAUGUACAGAGCUAGGAGCCUGUAGUGUGACCCCCUUAUUGACGGAACGGUCUCCUUCAAUAUCAGGAAAUCGCGUGGACAGAUUACAACGUGUCAGUUUUGCUGCAGCUAAACAAUGCCAACGGCUGCAUGAAAUGGUUCUAAAUCCUCCUAUAAAAGUUGGUGGACUUUUACCUCUUGUAAAAAAUUCAAAGCUUUCAUUUAUUGCCACGGCAGAAGCUAAACCAGUUUUUAGUGCUCUAAGUUCCAUUAAAAGAGAAUCAUCUGGACUGAUGAUAAUUGGACCAGAAGGAGACUUCACAGAGGGAGAGUUAAACGUGAUUCUGGAGGCUGGGGCAACUGCUGUUGGUCUUGGACCACAUCGUCUACGAGUUGAAACUGCUACAGUGGCUCUUUUGUCAGCAUUAAUGUUGUGGUGUGACGGUCAGGAGAUAUUCAAGGUCUAGUAACACUGGCAGGCUGUGUUCAUAUGCUGAGGGGUCCCAAGAAAGGUGCAAGUUAGCACUGUUAAAGGAACUCAGAAGUGAAGGAUCAAAAAGAAAGGAUAAUGAUCAAUCAUUUGCUUAGUUGUUUCUGGCCUCAUCCUCACGCCAUCUGCGGAAGCCCAGUGUAUCAUCCUGACUUUUCUUUGUAAUCCCAAGUAAAGUCUGGUGGUAUUGAAUUCCACAA